GUGAACACAGACGCAAACACCGACGGUACAAUGCGAGCUUUAGCAUCGGCAGCGAAGCUGGUGCCCUACGAUAGCGCCUUGUUCGUGGUCACUGACAAAGGACCUGGAGACAGCCAGAGACUGCCGCUUGCUUUAAGGGCACUAGUCGAGAAGAGAUUAAAGGUAUACACAAUUUGGACAGACCCAUCUCAUCCUUCAAACGCAUCUGAACUACAGCUACAGAGUCUAAGGAACAUCUCCAAGCAUACUGAAGGCGGCGUGCUGCCCUAUUCGUUUCAAGUUAUGGAUAUGGACAGCAGUUCAGGCACGGACUUAAACCAAUGGGAGGCAAUGAAGCAGCCCAGGAAAGGAAGAGUUCAUCCCAUAUUUGAAGAAGAUAACAUGGAUACGCUUCUAGUGCGAAGAGGUGGUGGUGAAGCGAUAUCUCUAGGAGUGCCAGUGGAGAACGGGGUUUCAGCUCUCAGGAUCUACAUCGAGGGUCUCGUGGAACAUGCAGUAUUAUAUCCUCCUAAUGAUGCUCCUCAAAUAGACCUGUACAACAUGACGUCUGUGAUGAUGUUUUCUCCGAAGUCAAGAACUGAGGGUCUGUCUCCGAGGGAUGUGUAUUUGGUCUUCCCAGGAGCUGAUCCAGAGGCUGCUAUGUUAUCUGUGCUACCAGUAAAACCGACAUUAUCAGAAGCUCCCGCGCCUACGGUCGGCGUUUGGCAUCUAAGUGUCCGUUGUGACACUUGCGACUACAGGCUAUGCGUCACUGCGCACACGCAGAUACACUUCUACGCUGAACCACAACCUCGAGACAUGCUGAAGAUCCGAGUGUUGGGGCCAGUUGCCAGCGUAAGAGAAUCAAUGCUCAUUGAUGAAUAUGGUACAGAGCUCGCCAAACUUCCAUUUAGUUAUCAACCAAUAACAUCAGAUGGUCUUGAGGCGUCUGCAGGCAGACCCACAGAAGUGAUUGCCGAUGUACAACUUCCCAGCGUUAAAGGGUCUAAGGUGUAUGCUAAAAUCGUUGGCAGAGAUAUAAGAGGUGAACCCUUUACGCGUCUAUGCGGACCUAUCGCACAAGAAGUCCGCAUGGGAAGAUCAGCAUCAAUAUCGUUCCCCGGUAAUACCAAUGACUUGCAGAAAGUUGAAGACAUGAACAACAAGGCAUAUAGCCAACGGUUGCAAUAUAAUGACAGCAAUGUGUUGCCAUUCAAUCGAGCUGUUUCUCAGGUGGUAAAUCAAAGAGGAACAUUGCUGACAGCUGUGCAAAUUGGACUGAGUUCUAGACUUUACGGUGCGCCUGGAGACACAAUUCUGUUACACUUCGAAGUGACGAACUACAGGGAACAAUCAGUAAGGUUUACGUUCGAGGCCAGAGGUGAAUUACGCUUCUUGAGAGGCAUCAAUCCUACGAGUCAAAGAAUCGACUCCGGCCAAACAGCCAACGUCAUAGUGACAGUGGGCAUUACCCCAACAGCACAACCGGGGGCCAGGGACCUGAUCACCUUUACCGCAUAUGGUAAUAAUGGUUUAGAGCAAGUGUCGAUCUCGGCGUAUGUGUACGUGCAAAAUCCGGGCCAAACGCCGAAUGACAUCUGGUCUCCGGAAGUCAGACACAACUUCCAAGGAUCCUGCAUUGGGAGACAGGGCAGUGAUUGCGCUCAGCAUGUCUGGUCUGCCACUAUAAUUGCCAGGGAUGCCGUGGGAGGUCUUCUCCGCGUCACAUCCUCUCCGAUUGGUCUGACGUACGACAGCAACUUCAUAUCAGGGACUCGCGAAGAAGUGAUCAGCACUUACCGAGCUACCUGCUGCGCUCCCAGGGUCAUGAUAACGGCUGUGGAUGCUUUUGGGAAUGCCAACAGCUACGUUGUCGAUAUUUCUAACUACUUCACAUCCGCGGCAAUAGCAGCGAUUGUUCUAGGAGUAUUUCUAUUCAUAGCCCUAGUAGCGGUAAUAGUUUUCAUCAUUUACUGGUGCGUGAAGAGGCGUCGGGAGUCAGCUGAACUGCCUUACACUGCAAGUAGCAGGAGAUAUGAGGGAACUAGUAGUUAAGGAGAAAUGUUUUAAGUUUAACUUGUUAGUAAUGAACUAAACAAAUGAUUACUUUUUUAUAAAAAAAAAACUUCAAAAUUUUAAACCGUAAAAAACCAAAUUCAUGCCCGAAUUUACCAUCCUUAGAAGUGAAAUAUUUUCUUCAAAUUUUAAUAGAAUUACUAGUGAAGUACCCCCUCUCUAAUAAAAAAAGAAUAAUUGACAUCGGUUCACAAAAAAUAUUCGAAUAGAAAAUCUGCUCCAUUUCUUAAACUCAGUUAAAAAGUAUCCAUAUAAAUAGAGAAGUCCAGGAACACUAUGCAAAAUACAAAAUAACCAGUACAGGAAAGUUAUUUCUACUGAGAAAAUGGACCCCAAAACCUUUCGGUCAGUACCCAGAGAAAACUAAGAUACAAUAUAGUCAAUAGAUAAACAAAAUUCACUACUAACUUGUCAAUAAAAACACUGGUCACAUAUAAGGUAUGAAGCAAAGAAUGAUUUAUAAUUGUGAUAAGUCAGAAUGCAUAGCUUGUUUAAGAUGUUAACCUAAAUUUAGUUAUUUAGUUUCUGUUAAGUUUAUGAAAAAGUUACAAAACAAAAAAAUAU